GGCGCUCCGAGCCACCCGCGGCCCAGCCAGAGCGCAGGCGGCGGCCCCGGCGACGCGGGCGGGCGAGCUCCGUGGCCGGGCUCCGGGAUGCCGUUCCGGGGGGGCGGCGGCGUUGGCGGCGUUGGCGGCGGGGGCCCCCUGUGGUGGCUGCUGUGCUGCAGGCAGGGCUUCACGCUGCUCCGGCGCGACUAUGGCGAGGCCGCGGCGGGCGACGAGCGGGAAGCCUCCCCAGGAGAGACCUUCGAGCUGCGCGGCGGCCAGGCACCAGCCGCACAGGUGAAGCGCACUCAGCCUUGCCGGGCCAGCAGCAGUUCUGAAAGAUCCUUGACAGUGGCCGAUGAAACGUGCAGCCUCAUCCCAGAGAAGAAAUGCAAGAUGCAAGAUGCAAGACAGGUGCAAGAUGAUGGAGACACCAUCAUGAAAGGCUGGCUGCAGAGGGAGGUGCGGGGGGGUAGGAAGGCCCCUUGGUGGCGUCCCCGCAAGUACUGGUUCGUGCUGUCGCAGGAGUCGCUGGACUGCUACAGUGGGAGCGAGGCAGGGGCCCCGUGCUUGGCCUCCCUGGUCCUGACCAGCCUGUGCUCUGUGUUGUGGCCCGACAAGCAGACCUACAAGGAGACGGGAUUCUGGGCCGUGACGGUUUUCGGCAGAAAGCACUGCUAUCGGCUGUACACGGAGCACUUAAGCGAGGCCGUUCGUUGGGUGUGCGCUCUGCAAAAGGUCAUCCACAACCAGGCCCCAGUACAGACGCCCACGCAGCUGUUCAUGUCAGACCUGAAGGAGAACCACAGUUGCCCAGAAAUCCUGGAUCAAAUGUAUCGCAAUAACCCUAUCCUGCGUUAUACGGCUGGCCCCAUCUAUGCUCCGCUGUUGCCGUUCCCUUACGGAGUUGGUGAAAAUGCAGAUGUCAGCAGUCGUGGCUACGCAGCACUUCGGGACGAAGCUGUUCAGCUGUUCCACUCGCUGCAGCAGCUGGAGGGGGUGCGGGAGCCAGCCCACCUCGUGCAAGGGGUGCUGCAGACCUGCCUCGACCUCCCUCCUCUGGUGGACGAGAUCUACUGCCAGCUGGUGAAGCAGACCACCCAGCCGCCUGUGCCAGGGACCUCUGCCAACCUCCGCUACUGGCAGCUGCUUGCUUGCAUGAGCUGCACAUUCCUGCCCUCCCCACCUGUCCAGUCCUACCUGCAGCUGCACCUCCAACGGACAGAGAACCAGUUCCCUGGCUCAGAGAUGGCCCAAUAUGGACAUUUCAUCCGGGAGGCCCUGUGCAAGACCAAAGGAGGGGAGCGCGUGCCGUCGUUGGACGAGAUUGCAGGGCUGAUGGGAUGCCGAGAGGGGCCCUGCGUCGUGCCUUCCCCCAGCACGGGCACCAGCCGCAUGGCCAUCGCUCCCCACACCGCAGCACAAGCGGUGGCCUGGGAGCUGACGUCGCACCUGUGUGAGGAACCUGGGCAGCACAGGUGCCCCCAGCCAGAGGAUGCGCUGGUGGCAGACAUCCUCCUCAGCUCAGCUGGGGAAGAGACCCCCUGGAAGCCCCUUGGCAGGCUCUGCUUCAAGCGUUCCAGGCGCCUGGAGGUCGACAGCAUCCCCCGUGACAGCCAGGUGUGCGGACUGCUUCUUGAGCAGAGCCAGGACUGCCAGUCCCUGUGGCUUGCGCUCCUCUCCAAGGCAGCCUUCCCCUGCAGGUUAGGGGAAGUCAACUCCCUGGAUGCUUCUAGCCACAGCUGUGUCGUGUGGGGGGCUGCAGCCGACAGGGCCGUUCUGCAUCUGAGCCACGGUGAUGGUGAGGAAUGCCUCUUGCACACGCCCCAGGCCAAGGAGAUGGUGCAGCAGCUGCUACAGACUCGCACAGCCAACAGGAAGCUCUAGCAGAAGCCCUCCAGCAACGCCCGCAGCCACGCUCCAAGGACUGCCCCCACCCGCCGGACUGCCUUUCCUGGGCCGUCUCUUUUUUUGCCCAGGACAAAUGCCUUAGCUGGACAGAUACUCACCGAGUGAGCACCAGUGGGAUUCUGAGCUCCUAAGGAGCCAUGCCUGUCGUCUCAUUUGCAGUGGCAGGGAGAGGUUCUCUGACCUCACGUGCUAACAUUAUAGUUGCGUUAUUUUUCUGUGUGUGUUCAGGAGCUGCAGGCAGCUGUGUUUUUGCACUGGCCCCUUAUUUAUGCAUCCAGAGACCUACAGCCUGGCUCCAGAAGUGGGACGUUCCCUGGAAGAGCCUGCCCCAUAUGGGAGCAACCCUCUUGUAAAACCUUCCUUUAAAAAAUAAAGAAGGAUUUGGAUUUA